AUGGCCGAGGAGGACGAAGAGCUCGACCUGUACAAUGAGAUGACUUUUGGGUUAGACCGAGACUCCACUGAGGAGGACGCCACAAAACACCUGAUGCCUCUGGAGAUGAGCCCUGAGCUGGCUGAAGUAGUGGCAGAGGAAACCGAGGCUGGGGAAGAACCAGGACCUGGAGUGGCUGAGCAGCUGGAGGAGCUGGGAGAGCCCCAGGAGGAAGGUGGGAUGGAGCCGGAGGUUGAGCAGGUCGGCUCCGAGUUGGAGGAAGAGGACGAGGAGCUGGGGACUGAGGAGCAGGAGGAAGACCAGGAGCCCUGCGAGGAGCCCAAUGACCUGGGAGACCCGGCAGUGAUGAAAGCUGUGCAGAGCAAACCCACGCUGGAGAGCCAGGACUCGGCGGGGCUGGACAGCAGGAUUGGUGCUUGCUGGGCAGAGUUCGGCAAAGAGGACAUGGUAAAAAUGUCCCCUCCCAUCCGCUAAACUGAUCCCAGCUGGGCCCCGUUCCCACCUCCUGCUGCCUCCUCCCUGCAGGAUAAAGCCAUCCUCCAGGUCCUGGAGAGGGCCCCACCAUCCACCAACGUGGCCCUUGACUUCCUCGGCUCCCCCAUGCAGAGGGGCUAUGGGGGCUCUCCCCGGCUCAAACGCCCCGACUUCAGACUGAUGUCCCCCAAGUCCUUCCCCCAGCGCUUUCUCCGGCAGACCACAGGGUACGCGGCUCCGACCCCUUUCCGGCCCAUGUCGCCCAACAUCAGCAGCCCGCCGCGGCCUCUCGCCAUGCACUUCGGUCCUAUGUCUCCCUCUUUGGACCCUGCUCUCUUCUUCAGUCCGUCAGCCAGCAGCCAACUGAACCUCAGCGCGCCCAGCCAUAUGACCCAGCUGCACCCCCAGCACCAGCGGAUCCUGACCCAGCGGCAGCAGCAAGGUGGGCAGGCGCAGAGCACCUCCCCCAAGAAGCUGUGGUCUCCUAAAAUGGACCCUUACUCUGGGCUGAUGACCUCCAAGGAGAAGGACUGGGUCAUCAAGGUGGAGAUGAUCCAGCUGCAGAGUGAGAACAUGGAUGAUGACUACUACUACCAGACAUACUACCAGCGACUGGAGCACAAACAGGUGGAAGAGGAGCUGCUCGGCCGGCGCAACAAGCAGGAGCCCCCCAAGCUGGUCACGCCGUUCAUCCAGAAAGUGGAGACGUACGACUCUGUGGUGCGCAUCGCGGGCUCGCUGGGCCAGGUCGCGGUGUCCACCUGCUACAGCCCUCGCCGGGCCAUUGAUGCUGUGCACCAUGCCCUCGUGGAGGAGGCUGCGGGGAGCCACCGGCUUCGGGCGCUGCACAGGAUCGAGAAGCUCUUCCUGCAGCUGCUGGAAGUGGAGGAGAUGCAGCGGAAGAUGUCUCUGGCCCUGGAGGAGCAGCAGCCCUGCUGUCAGGAGCAGAAGAGCCAAGAAGUGGAGCGUAUCUACCAAGCCUUGAAAAUCAGGGCUUGCAGCAGUGAAGAGGAGGCAGAGGAUGAAUUCCUGCAACUCCUGUGUGUGCAGAAGGGCAAGAAGCUCACGGCCCGGCUGCUGCCCCACCUGACCCGGGAGCAAGCGGAGAAGAUCCUGCUGACCAUCACCCACCACCUGCCCUUCCUCAUGAAGAAGGACGUGUUGGACGAGUCUCUCCCCCUGCUCUACAGCCCCUUUAACGAGGUGGUGGGCGGGAUGACCUUCAGCAAACUCAUAGAGGUCCUGCAGGAGAUGACCAGGCCUCUACCCGAGACUCCUGAGCUCCCCCUUGCCAUGGCCUUGAAGAACCAGUUUGGGAUCUCCUUGCUCUACUCCCUGCUGAGCCACGGCGAGAGGCUGCUGUCCUCCGACACGCCGCUGGAGCCACGCGGCGGGGACUUCGAGACGUGGACAGACACAGUGUUCCUGGUCGCCCGGGAGCUGUCACAAGUGCCCAAGGCCUCGCUGGUGGAGCCUCUCUUCUUGCCCAGCAACCUUCUCUCUCUCUUCUGCCGCUACCUGGACAAGCAGACCGUCCACCACCUGGAAGCCAAGAUGGAGUGCUCCCCGCUGCCGUCGGAGGCUGCCAUGCCGUGCUGAGCCCCGCGAGCUGGGGAUGGG